AUAAUCUAGUAAACAUCCUGCUUUUCCAGAACAAUUUAUCGGCAAAAAUCAAACGCGCUAUCAUCAGUUGAUAAACUAAUUGACGAUAAUCAGAAGAUAAAUAUGUUACUUUAGAGAUUUUCUUAUAUUCUGCUUCCGUGGUUGUUAGAGCUACGGUGAAAAUAAGUGGAGUGGAGCGUGUCCUGAGGAGGCUGUUUUGUAACAUCUAGCUCUCAGUCCACAAUGAAGCGCCUUCUGCUUUUGUCUCUUCUAUACUUCUUCCAAGAAGUAAAAACGGACAGCGUGAAUAACAGACCGAUCAUAGGAGUACUAGCUCAGGAGCAGUCGGCGUAUCUACAUACGAAGUAUCCCGAGGAAAACUAUACUAGUUACAUCGCAGCUUCUUAUGUCAAGGAUGUGGAGGCAGCUGGAGCUAGAGUCGUGCCUAUUAUGAUUGGUAAAGAUCGUGCUUACUAUGCAGAUCUCAUGUCCAAGAUAAACGGGGUCCUCAUCCCCGGCGGAGCCACCUACUUCAACCAAUCCAACGGCUACGCUGAUGCUGGCCAGCACAUCUACGAACUAGCCAUGGAACUGAAUAAUGCUGGAGACUACUUCCCCGUCUUCGGCACGUGCCUUGGCUUUGAGUUACUCCUUAUUUUGGCUUCCGGACGGGGGGACCCGGAGAACCGGAUCACCUGUUAUUCUUAUGACAAUUUGCCUUUGGACUUCACACCUGAUUUCCGUGACAGCAAGAUGUUCAAAGAAGCCGGCGAGGACGUCAUCGAGAUACUUGCAACACAAGAUGUGACUGUCAACGCGCACCAGUUCUGCAUCGUCGAUGAGAACCUGAUAUCCCAUAACUUGACUGAGGAUUGGCGAGUAACCUCAUACGGUGAUGACUACUAUGGCGUUCAGUUCAUCGCCACUGUUGAACAUAAUAGAUACCCCUUCUACGGCGUCCAAUUCCACCCCGAAAAGAACGCAUAUGAAUGGAAACUCAACAAGAACCAUCCCUCCGAUAAAGCCGCCAUUAAAGCAAACCGUUACUUCAUGGAUUUCUUCGUCGACGAAUGUAGAAAGAGUUCCCACAGUUUUGCCAACGCGGCUGAAGAAAAUCAGUAUCUUAUCUAUAAUUAUCAGGCACAUUUCACGGGGGUACUGGGCAGCGCGUUCCAUGAGUGCUACCUGUUUGAGCCGAGAGGAACUGUUGCGUAAAUUUGUCCAUAGAUGGCGCUUAAAUCAAACCUAGCCGAUUUAAAUUAAAUGAUAUUUCGUGUAA